GUCGAGCCGCGCGCCCAUUGGCUAUUUUGUGGCGAGGAGUCCGGCUCUGCGGAAAGGCCUAACCCGGCAGGGCUUGCUUGGGUCGAAUGUGUAGGCUCGGCUUUGUGGUUGAGUCCGGGUCUCCGCCACUGGGCCCGGGAAGAUGGUGCUGGGUGGUUGCCCGGUGAGUUACUUACUUCUGUGCGGCCAAGCGGCUUUGCUGCUGGGGAAUCUACUUCUGCUGCACUGUGUCUCUCGGAGCCACUCGCACAACGCUACGGCCGAACCCGAGCUCACAUCCGCUGGCGCCGCCCACCCAGAGGGCUCUGCCGGCGCUCCGAGCUGGGAAUAUGGCGACCCCCAGUCUCCAGUCAUCCUUUGCUCUUACCUACCUGAUGAAUUUAUAGAAUGUGAUGACCCAGUGGACCAUGUUGGAAAUGCAACAGCAUCCCAGGAACUCGGUUAUGGUUGUCUCAAGUUCGGUGGACAGGCCUACAGUGACGUGGAACACACUUCUGUCCAGUGCCGGGCCCUCGAUGGGAUUGAGUGUGCCAGUCCUAGGACCUUCCUGCGGGAGAAUAAACCUUGUAUAAAGUACACGGGACACUACUUCAUAACCACUUUACUCUACUCGUUCUUCCUGGGAUGUUUCGGAGUGGACCGGUUCUGUCUGGGACACACUGGCACCGCAGUGGGGAAGCUAUUGACACUUGGAGGACUUGGGAUUUGGUGGUUUGUUGACCUUAUUUUGCUCAUUACCGGAGGGCUGAUGCCAAGUGAUGGCAGCAAUUGGUGCACUGUCUACUGAGAAGGGCUGUGGUCGUGGCCCAGAGAGGCGCGUCUUCUGAAUUCAUCUCUACAGGCGCAAAACUCUUCCUUGAUAACAGACCUGACCAUUACUCUCCUUCUUCAGAGGGAAUGGGUUUGGUUAGAAAGGUUUCUUUGGACUCUGGGUUUCCAACCCAAAUUUUAUCUUGCAGACUAGAAAUGACAAGCAAACAGUGUUUGGGAAUCAAGUGUGUACCUUUCCUCACAUAUAACAUAUAAAGGAUAGUGACUAACUUAUAAGUUGCAAGGGUUUCCAUACUGUAUUUCUAUACAUUGCUGUAUCUUCAGUACAUUGGAGCAAGUGGACCCGACAAGAUGAGCAAAGUGAAUAUUUUUAGGUGCAUUUUGUGACCCUGAAUCUUCAUGCAGAGGAGAGGUGAAGCUGAACCAGUGAAGAUCUUCAGCAGAAAUAAAAUGGCCAUGGAUUUUAAUACUCACUGAAAUUCUGACUUUCUGAAUUUAAGUUGUGGAAUAAAUUUUGCCAACCUGGAAUGCUGUUUGGUAUUUUCAGUAAGUAGAGUGAGACUCAAAAUUCUGUAUGUUUUGCUAAAAGCCAGGCAUUUGAAAUGAACCACUCUACUAAUAAAUCCUAUUGUUACAUCAUUAUUAUGCUCCAGAGGCGGUAUAUGCAGUACAGUAAUUUCUUCAUUUCAGUUAUAUUUUGAAAGCCCAACAAUAAUCAGGUAUGUCUGGGGUAAGCUCUCCUCUUGGCUAUCCUAUUUAAAAAUUAGUUAUAUACAAGUUCAGAGAGCCUAUGUUGUAGGCUGGUAAAAAAUAUAUUCUACAACUAAUAUAAAAUUAUCUUCACAAUUAUGUCAGGUAAGGUGAAAAGCGUCAUAUCUUUGGGGCAAAAAGAAAAAAAAACAACAUUCUUACUUAAAGGACAGAAUUACCAAGAAUUGGGUGGAGUUAAGACAUGAUUUAUGGGGGCAAAAAAGAACACAUUCCGUCAAAAUAAGCAUGGUACCAGAAGUUCUCACUGUGGGCUACCGGACUCAAUUGUCGGAAAGAAGAGACAGCCAAGCUUUUGCAUUCCCAAAUCACUGGCAAUAAAAGGAAAUGUUCUAAAUUGUAAGUUCUGAGAAACCUAGUUCUCAUCCUUUGCAAUUUAGGUUGAAAAGAACUCUUAAAUAUGAAGUAAAAGGAGGACUUUACAGACAGGUCGAACAAAGAGCCCGAUAUUCAGGAUAAGUUCUAGAAACAAUCAAGGUAGAACUACUCAAAACUUGGUCUCCUAAUAGUUGACAUAAAAACCAAGAAUCACAGUUAAAUUAACACUGGAUAUGCUCUAUCAUUAUGAAGCAGCUUUCCUGAAAGCUUCAGCUUUAUUAUCCCUGAUUAAUAUAAUUACUGUUCUUAUAUUAUUAAGUGGUUGACAAAUGUGUAAAAAUUAAAACAGAUUAUUCUGUCUUGAAAAUUCUGUACCACAUUGACCUAAACCUUGUUUGUAACUAAUAAUUGGUAGAUUCUUAUCCAUAAUGUCUGUAUAUAAGUAUAUAGUAUUUUUUAAAUUGUUGGAGGUCAUGAAAAAACCAGACCCCCUCCCCAGGAAAAAAUACACAUAAAUAAAAUUUUGCAUAGACUCUAAGAUCCC